CCAGACAGUGUCGCCUGCGGCGCUGGGAAGACGGUGUGGCUUGGAAGAGGGUGGAGACGACGACUGUGACGGGCUUCCCGGCUGCCCGAAGUGGGAGUGGUGUGGGCUGCCGGAAGGAGAGAGGAAGAGGAGCAGAAGGGGGCAAGCAGCGGCCUCCGCUAACGGCCUCCCGGGGCGCUGAGAGGCUGGGCCGGCUCCCGGCUCGCUCGUCAGUUCGUGCCGCCGCCUCGGCCCCUCGGCCCCGGGGCCCGGACUUGCGGCGCGCGUCGGGGCGGAGGGCUGCUAUCGCCGCGCAGGGAGAGGCCCGGUCCUCGCCGCCGAGGGAUGUGAGUGGGAGCAGAACCCGCACGGGAGGGCCCCCGAGGGCCCAGCCUGGCGGACGCUUGGACCCUUGCCCGCUCCAGGGGCUUCGAAGAUCGUGGCCAGGCGGAGGCGCCGGGUUUCGGAAGCAGGCAAGGCAACAAGAUGUGACCUGUUUCUCUUCUGCAGAAGAGGCCCUUCCUCCCCUUCCCGCGAAGGCAAAUGUUCUGAAAAAAGACUGCAUGCGAAUGGCAUGCCUUACAAUGACAGAAAUGGAAGGAACAUCCUCAUCUCCUGUACAUCAGAAUGGUGAUAUUCCUGGAAAUGCUAAUUCUGUGAAGCAAAUAGAUCCAGUCCUACAGGUCUAUCUUUAUCAUUCCCUUGGAAAAGCUGAGGGGGAUUAUCUGAAGUUUCCAACUGGGGAGUAUGUUGCAGAAGAGAUUUGUGUUGCUGCUUCUAAAGCUUGUGGAGUCACACCUGUGUAUCAUAGUAUGUUUGCUUUAAUGAAUGAAACAGAAAGGAUCUGGUAUCCACCCAACCACGUCUUCCAUAUAGAUGAAUCAACCAGGCACAAUGUACUCUACAGAGUCAGAUUUUACUUUCCUUACUGGUAUUGUAAUGGCAGCAACAGAACCUAUAGGCAUGGAAUAUCUCGAGGUGCUGAAGCUCCUCUUCUUGAUGACUUUGUCAUGUCUUACCUUUUUGCUCAGUGGAGGCAUGAUUUUUUGCAUGGAUGGAUAAAAGUACCUGUUACUCAUGAAACACAGGAAGAAUGUCUUGGGAUGGCGGUGUUAGAUAUGAUGAGAAUAGCCAAAGAAAAGGAUCAGACCCCCCUGGACAUCUAUAGCUCUGUCAGCUACAAGACAUUUUUACCAAAAUGUGUUCGAGCAAAGAUCCAAGACUAUCAUAUUUUGACAAGGAAGCGAAUAAGGUACAGAUUUCGCAGAUUUAUUGAGCAAUUCAGCCAUUGCAAAGCCACUGCCAGAAACUUGAAACUUAAGUAUCUUAUAAAUCUGGAAACUCUUCAGUCUGCCUUCUACACAGAGCAAUUUGAAGUAAAAGAACCUGGAAGAGGUCCUUCAGGUGAGGAGAUUUUUGCAACCAUUAUAAUAACUGGAAACGGUGGAAUUCAGUGGUCAAGAGGGAAACAUAAAGAAAGUGAGACACUGACAGAACAGGAUUUACAGUUAUAUUGUGAUUUUCCUGAUAUUAUUGAUGUCAGUAUUAAACAAGCAAACCAAGAAGGCUCAAAUGAAAGCAGAAUUGUAACUAUUCAUAAGCAAGAUGGUAAAAGUCUAGAGAUUGAACUUAGGUCAUUAAGAGAAGCUUUGUCUUUUGUGUCAUUAAUUGAUGGAUAUUACAGGUUAACUGCAGAUGCACAUCAUUAUCUUUGUAAAGAAGUAGCACCUCCAAUGGUGCUUGAAAAUAUACAAAGCAACUGUCAUGGCCCAAUUUCAAUGGAUUUUGCCAUCAGUAAAUUGAAGAAAACUGGUAAUCAGACUGGACUCUAUGUACUUCGAUGCAGUCCUAAGGACUUUAAUAAAUAUUUUCUGACUUUUGCUGUUGAGAGAGAAAACGUCAUUGAAUAUAAGCACUGUUUGAUUACAAAAAAUGAGAAUGGAGAAUACAACCUCACUGGUACUAAGAAGAACUUCAGUAAUCUUAAAGAUCUUUUGAAUUGCUAUCAGAUGGAAACUGUUCGCUCAGACAGUAUAAUUUUCCAGUUUACUAAAUGCUGUCCCCCAAAGCCAAAAGAUAAAUCAAACCUUCUAGUCUUCAGAACCAAUGGUAUUUCUGAUGUACCAACCUCACCAACAUUACAGAGGCAUAAUAAUGUGAACCAAAUGGUGUUCCACAAAAUCAGAAAUGAAGAUUUGAUAUUUCAUGAAAGCCUUGGCCAAGGAACUUUUACCAAAAUUUUUAAAGGUGUAAGAAGAGAAGUAGGAGACUAUGGUCAACUGCAUGAAACAGAAGUUCUUUUAAAAGUUCUGGAUAAAGCACAUAGAAACUAUUCAGAGUCUUUCUUUGAAGCAGCAAGCAUGAUGAGCCAGCUUUCUCACAAACAUCUGGUUUUAAAUUAUGGAGUAUGUGUCUGUGGAGAGGAGAAUAUUCUGGUUCAGGAGUUUGUAAAAUUUGGAUCACUAGAUAUAUAUCUGAAAAAGAAUAAAAAUUCUAUAAAUAUAUUAUGGAAACUUGAAGUGGCUAAACAGCUGGCAUGGGCCAUGCAUUUUCUAGAAGAAAAAACCCUUAUUCAUGGGAAUGUGUGCACCAAAAAUAUUCUUCUUAUCAGAGAAGAAGACAGGAAGACAGGAAAUCCUCCUUUCAUCAAACUUAGUGAUCCUGGCAUUAGUAUUACAGUUUUGCCAAAGGACAUUCUGCAGGAGAGAAUACCAUGGGUACCACCUGAAUGCAUUGAAAAUCCUAAAAAUCUAAAUUUGGCAACAGACAAAUGGAGUUUUGGUACCACUUUGUGGGAAAUCUGCAGUGGAGGAGAUAAGCCCCUGAGUGCUUUGGAUUCUCAAAGAAAACUACAGUUUUAUGAAAAUAGGCACCAGCUUCCUGCACCAAAGUGGACAGAAUUAGCAAAUCUUAUUCAUAAUUGUAUGGAUUACGAACCAGAUUUUAGACCUUCUUUCAGAGCCAUCAUACGAGAUCUUAAUAGUUUGUUUACUCCAGAUUACGAACUAUUAACAGAAAAUGACAUGUUACCUAAUAUGAGAAUAGGUGCCCUAGGGUUUUCUGGUGCUUUUGAAGACCGAGACCCUACACAAUUUGAAGAGAGACACUUGAAAUUUCUACAGCAACUUGGCAAGGGUAAUUUUGGCAGUGUGGAGAUGUGCCGGUAUGACCCUCUACAAGACAACACUGGAGAGGUGGUGGCUGUGAAGAAGCUCCAGCACAGUACUGAAGAGCACCUCAGAGACUUUGAAAGGGAAAUUGAAAUCCUUAAAUCCUUGCAACAUGACAACAUUGUAAAGUACAAGGGAGUGUGCUACAGUGCUGGCCGGCGUAAUCUAAGAUUAAUUAUGGAAUAUUUACCAUAUGGAAGUUUACGAGACUAUCUCCAAAAACAUAAAGAACGGAUAGAUCAUAAAAAACUUCUUCAGUACACAUCUCAGAUAUGCAAGGGUAUGGAGUAUCUUGGUACAAAAAGGUAUAUCCACAGGGAUCUGGCAACGAGGAAUAUAUUGGUGGAGAAUGAAAACAGAGUUAAAAUAGGAGAUUUUGGCUUAACCAAAGUGUUGCCACAAGGCAAAGAAUACUACAAAGUGAAAGAACCUGGUGAAAGUCCCAUAUUCUGGUAUGCGCCAGAAUCACUGACAGAGAGCAAGUUUUCUGUGGCCUCAGAUGUUUGGAGCUUUGGAGUGGUUCUGUAUGAACUUUUCACAUAUAUUGAGAAGAGUAAAAGCCCACCAGCGGAAUUUAUGCGUAUGAUUGGCAAUGACAAACAAGGACAGAUGAUUGUGUUUCAUUUGAUAGAACUCCUGAAGAAUAAUGGAAGAUUACCAAGACCAGAUGGAUGCCCAGAUGAGAUUUAUGUAAUCAUGACAGAAUGCUGGAACAAUAAUGUAAACCAACGCCCCUCUUUCAGAGACCUAGCUCUUCGAGUUGAUCAAAUAAGAGACAGCAUGGCUGGAUGAAAGAAAUGAACUUCACUCUGAGACCAAAAUAGACUUACAGAACAAAGUGUUGUAUUUCACAUUACUGUGGACUGUUACUACAUAUAUCAUUAUUAUGUAUAUCAUGACUUUAGCCAGCAAAAGUGUGGAAAUGUCUGCUCAGAGCUUUCAAAAGUUUAGUGAGUUUUUCUUCAUGAGAACACCAGCCAAAGACACUGAUGAAAAGUCCUUAGCAAAGAGUUUUGUAAAAAGUUUCGUGAACCUAAUCAGUCAGUUAAUAUCACCUUUGGCAAAAGAAGAAACUUAGACUUUUUUCAACUCAGAAUUAUGAGAGAUGAAAAAAUUGUAAAUGUUUAAUAUGCACAGAAUACGUAUGUACAGUUUUUACCACAGUGAAUGUAUAAUACCUUGGCAUCUUGUGUGAUGUUUUACACAGGAGCUGGUAUUCAUAAAUAAUGUUUUCUAAUUUUUCCAUAGUUGAUCUGUAAUAACUUCACUGUACAAAUUAAGAUGCUCAGAUAAUUGAAUAAGCACCUUUGUGUCCUUGUUCAUCUAUAUCACUGGCCAGCAAUAUAAGCAGGAGUAUACUUUUAGCUUGUUGUUCUAUGUACUGUAAAUAUUUUUCAAAGCAAAGGAACAAAUGUUUAGUUUUAUUUGUAUAGGGAAUUUCCCUGACUCUAAAGAAUACAUUUUGAAAUGGAACAAGUUUACAAAGAUAUAACACAAUCUAUUUUCUUAUUUCUCUCCCUUGUAUCUGUUUGUGGUGAGUAUGUUUUUUAAAUAGAACUAUCUCCAGGCUUUUCUAA